AUAUUGAGGCUACGAAAUCAGCGUUGAGAUGUCCGGAUACCAGGGCAAGAAAAACAUUCCUCGUAUCACGAGCGACCGUCUCCUGAUCAAAGGAGGGAAGAUAGUGAAUGAUGAUCAGUCGUUCUUUGCUGACAUCUACAUGGAGGAUGGGGUCAUUAAGCAAAUUGGAGAGAACCUGAUUGUUCCUGGUGGUGUUAAGACCAUCGAUGCCCACGGUCGGAUGCUUAUGCCAGGCGGCAUCGACGUGCACACGCGUUUCCAGAUGCCUGACCGGGGCAUGACAUCGGCAGAUGAUUUCUACCAGGGCACACGCGCCGCCCUGGCUGGUGGCACCACCAUGAUCAUCGACCACGUGGUGCCGGAACCCGGGGUGAGUCUGGCGUCAGCGUUUAAACAGUGGAGAGAAUGGGCAGACAGUAAGUCCUGCUGCGAUUACUCUCUGCACGUGGACAUCACUGAAUGGCACAAGGGUGUGCAGGAAGAGAUGGAGGCUCUGGUGAAAGACCACGGCGUCAACUCUUUCCUGGUCUAUUUGGCUUACAAGGAUGUUUUCCAGCUCAAUGAUUCUCAGAUAUAUGAAGUGUUCAGCGUGAUUCGGGACCUGGGUGCCAUUGCUCAGGUGCACGCCGAAAACGGUGACAUCGUCGCCGAGGAGCAAAAACGGAUUCUGGAACUGGGGAUCACCGGACCUGAAGGUCACGUUCUGAGCCGACCAGAGGAGGUGGAAGCAGAGGCAGUGAACCGUGCGGUGACAGUGGCCAAUCAGACCAACUGCCCUCUCUAUAUCACCAAGGUGAUGAGCAAGAGCGCUGCUGAUGUCAUCGCCCAAGCCAGGAAAAAGGGUACCGUCGUGUACGGAGAGCCCAUUUCCGCCAGCCUGGGAACGGACGGCACCCACUACUGGAGCAAGAACUGGGCCAAAGCAGCGGCCUACGUAACGUCUCCGCCCCUCAGCCCCGAUCCAACCACCCCGGACUAUCUCAACUCCCUGCUCUCCUGUGGCGAUCUCCAAGUGACAGGCAGUGCCCACUGCACGUUUAACACAUCCCAGCGCGCCGUGGGCAAGGACAACUUCACACUCAUCCCAGAAGGCACCAACGGAACAGAGGAACGCUUGUCAGUCAUCUGGGACAAGUGUGUGGUGACAGGUAAGAUGGAUGAGAACCAGUUUGUGGCCGUGACCAGCACUAACGCCGCCAAGAUCUUUAACCUGUAUCCGCGCAAGGGCCGCAUCGCCGUGGGAUCCGAUGCCGACCUGGUCCUCUGGGACCCAGACGUCACCAAGAUCAUCUCAGCCAAGAGCCACAACCUGGCGGUGGAGUAUAACAUCUUUGAGGGUUUGGAGGUGCGUGGAGCUCCUCUGGUGGUAAUCAGCCAGGGUAAGAUCGUCCUGGAGGACGGGGCGCUCCACACCACCGAGGGGUCCGGCCGCUACAUCAGCCGCAAACCCUUCCCCGACUACGUUUACAAGAGGAUAAAGGCACGAAGCAGGCUUGCUGAACUGCGCGGAGUCCCCAGGGGUCUGUACGAUGGCCCCGUGUGUGAGGUCACUGUUACACCCAAGGUCAUGACCCCUGUGACCUCCAGCAAGACCUCUCCUGCCAAGCCCACUCCUCAGCCUGUACGCAACCUGCACCAGUCUGGAUUCAGCCUGUCUGGUGCCCAGAUCGAUGACAACGUCCCUCGCCGCACUACUCAGCGCAUUGUGGCGCCCCCUGGUGGCAGGGCCAACAUCACCAGCCUGGGUUAA